GCCGCUUCGUGGACGGGCGGCGGGGCCUUGUCCUUCCCGGAGAGAUGGGGCCCGGGGCUCCCAGAGGGUGAUCGAUCCCUCGGGCGCGGCGCCGGCUGGCCUGAAACCCUCUCUGGCGGUGGCGAGGGACGGCAGGACGACGAGGAGCCCCGGUUUCUCUCCCGGCCCCACGGGGGUCGGCCCCCAUGAGCCUUCCCACUGCAGAGCCACGGAGGAGGAAGAGGAAGAGGAGCCUGGCUCGGCCCUGGCGCCGGCUGGGGAGGGCGGCGGGUGGCACUGGGGGGCCCCGGAGGAGAAGGUAGCCAUGGAGAGCCUGGCUGGCUAUGUGUACAAGGCAGCCAGUGAAGGCCGGGUCCUCACCUUGGCCGCCCUGCUCCUCAACCGCUCCGAGAGCGACAUUCGCUACCUCUUGGGCUAUGUCACCCAUCAGGCUGGGCAGCGGUCGACGCCUCUCAUCAUUGCUGCCCGCAACGGGCAUGCCAAGGUUGUCCGCCUGCUCCUGGAGCAUUACCGAGUCCAGACCCAACAGACUGGCACAGUCCGCUUCGAUGGAUAUGUCAUUGAUGGUGCCACAGCACUUUGGUGUGCAGCUGGGGCUGGUCAUUUUGAAGUUGUCAAGCUCCUGGUCAGUCAUGGGGCCAAUGUCAACCAUACUACUGUGACUAACUCAACACCACUGCGUGCUGCAUGUUUUGACGGAAGGCUUGACAUUGUGAAGUACCUGGUGGAGAACAAUGCCAACAUCAGCAUCGCCAACAAGUACGACAACACUUGUCUUAUGAUUGCUGCCUACAAGGGUCAUAUAGAUGUGGUACGCUAUCUUCUAGAGCAGCAUGCUGAUCCAAAUGCCAAAGCACACUGUGGCGCUACAGCAUUGCACUUUGCAGCUGAGGCUGGCCACUUGGAGAUUGUCAGAGAACUGGUGAAGUGGAAGUCUGCCAUGAUGGUGAAUGGCCAUGGAAUGACCCCUUUAAAAGUUGCUGCAGAGAGCUGUAAAGCGGAUGUGGUUGAACUGCUGCUGGCACAUGCUGACUGUGACCGUAAAAGCAGGAUAGAGGCUCUGGAACUUUUGGGUGCUUCAUUUGCAAAUGACCGAGAAAAUUAUGAUAUAAUGAAGACCUAUCAUUAUUUAUAUUUAGCCAUGCUAGAACGAUACAGAGAUGGUGACAACAUAAUAGCGAAGGAAGUCCUGCCUCAGAUAGAAGCUUAUGGGAACCGAACUGAAUGCCGGACUCCUCAGGAACUAGAAUCUAUUCGACAGGACCGUGAUGCCCUACAUAUGGAAGGCCUCAUUGUCCGGGAGCGAAUUUUGGGUUCAGACAAUAUUGAUGUUUCACACCCCAUUAUUUAUCGUGGUGCUGUUUAUGCAGACAACAUGCAGUUUGAACAGUGCAUCAAGCUCUGGCUUCAUGCCUUGCAUUUACGGCAGAAAGGUAAUAGGAAUACCCACAAAGAUCUUCUCCGAUUUGCUCAAGUCUUCUCUCAGAUGAUACAUUUGAAUGAGCCAGUAAGAGCCAAGGACAUAGAGAGUGUCUUGAGGUGUAGUGUUUUGGAGAUAGAGCAAGGGAUGGCUAGAGUCAAAAACUCUCAGGAUUCUGAGCUCCACACAGCCAUGGACAAUUAUGAAUGCAAUAUCUUCACCUUCUUGUACUUAGUGUGCAUCUCCACAAAGACACAGUGUAGAGAAGAAGAACAGUCACGAAUUAACAAACAAAUUUAUAACUUGAUCCACUUGGAUCCCAGGACACGAGAUGGAUCUAGCUUGUUGCACCAUGCUGUCAAUUCUAGCACACCGGUGGAUGACUUCCAUACAAAUGAUGUCUGCAGCUUCCCCAAUGCACUGGUCACCAAACUCCUUUUGGAUUGUGGUGCAGAUGUUAACGUGGUGGACAAUGAAGGAAAUACCCCGCUACACAUCAUAGUCCAGUACAACAGGCCCAUCAGCGACUUUUUGACCUUGCAUUCUAUCAUCAUCAGCUUGGUUGAGGCUGGUGCUCAUACAGAUAUGACUAACAAGCAGAAGAAGACUCCUCUUGAUAAAAGUACCACUGGUGUGUCUGAAAUACUCCUAAAAACUCAAAUGAAACUGAGUCUGAAGUGCCUGGCCGCUCGAGCUGUGCAGGAUUAUCAUAUCAAUUAUCACAACCAGAUCCCCAAGACACUGGAAGAGUUUGUUGAAUUUCAUUAAGUGGAGAUGUUCCUCCUCACUUCCCUCCAUUAAGGGCCACAAUCGAGUCAAUAAAAUAUCGGGCAGAGUUUUUCCAUUUCUUUAUUUUUCCUUCUUCUAGUACCAAGUGCACCCUAUUUCUCCCCAAAACUAUCUUAAUUAAAUUUGUAGAUUUCUGCUCUGGUUUCCAAAAUGCCAAUUGGCAGAAUGAUCAGGGUUCUUUUUAUUUUGUAAUGAACUGGGGAAAAGUUCUAAAUUGGAAUGCAUAAAAUACUUUAAUACUAUAAUACACAUAGAUUUUCCCAUUGACAGCUGAGAAUGCUUAAAGCGGCUACCUGCAAAGACAUUUGCAUUUAACCAAUUGAGCCAGCCUGUUACCUAUGCAGCAGUUUAGAAGGUGGGAGGUAAGGAGGAAGGAACAGAGAAUUCUGAAGGAUGUUAUUUUUAGCAUUCUCCAAAACAUGCAAAGUGAUCCAGGGAAAUUUAUACAUCACCAGCCUAUUUUUAAUGCCUUUUAGCAGGGUGGAUAUGAUUUAAAUCAGAAUUUAUUUUUAUUUUUUUAAAAAUUGAUUUUAUAAAUAAUUUAAACUUUAGCAAAUCGAUAUUUAAAAAGCAUUGAUUUUUAUCCACCCUGCCUUUUAGUUCCUCCUGAAGCUAUUAGUAACAUUUAGUUUUAUUUUUUUGUGUGAUUAAAUGAAAAUCAUUUCCCUACAAAUGAAGGAUAAAGCAGGUUGAAACUCAGGUGUGUGAAUGGGCUUACCCAACACAAUUUUUAAUUAUUCUUUCUUAAUAAUGAUGAACAAAACCAAACAUAUUUCCGCAAAUCUGUUGCCCUUUAUAUGGAUGUUUUAUGUUUUAAAGUAACAUGCACAGAUACCGUACGUAUUUGUGUGUGUAUCUCACUGUGUGUCUUGCAUAAGUAGAAGCCUUGUGGUUAAGACCAGAUAUUUGUUUCAUAUGUGAAAUACUGUCCAGAUACUUUUCAACUGAUAUCAAGCAAGGAUGUUUUCAAAGGAUGAAAUUCUUUUCUUUUUUUUUCCUUUUAAAUCAAAUAUACGUAGUAUUGAACCUCAGCAGGGAAAGAUCAGUGAUGAAGACAAAAUUGUGUUGACAGCAACCUACCAUGAGAAAAGGCUUUUUAAUCUUCAGUCCAUUUAUUGUGGCACUCUUCAGGGAUACCCCCCCCCCCGCGUAACUCCUCCCUGGCACCUCCAUCUAUUUCUACAAAGCCUGCUAUUUUAAUUAUUGGUAAAUUCAUUAUAUAAAGAAUGUUGACCUAUGGAAAGUAUCUCUUUUUGGCAGAAACAGCUGGAUGUCAGUUUUCUGACAGGCAAUUAAAAUUACUUUCCAUUAAUUCAAAUGCCAUUUUCUAAAACCAUGAAAGAAUGUUUUGCAGUUAUUUUUUAAACAUGAAUGAAAAAGAAAUAAUAAAAAUGCAUUCUGGACACUUGUGUAUUACAAAUAAAGUCUUGAAUGUGAAA